GAGGUCAAAGGUGAAGCCAAGAUGAGUGAACUGGAGCAGCUGCGUCAGGAGGCAGAGCAGCUGAGGAAUCAGAUCAGGGAUGCGAGGAAAGCGUGUGGGGACUCCACCCUCACACAGAUAACUGCAGGCCUGGACCCAGUGGGGAGAAUACAGAUGAGGACCAGGCGUACUCUGCGUGGACACUUAGCCAAGAUCUACGCCAUGCACUGGGGUUUCGACUCCAGGCUUUUAGUCAGCGCCUCCCAAGAUGGCAAACUUAUUAUCUGGGACAGCUAUACCACUAACAAGGUUCAUGCCAUCCCAUUGCGCUCAUCCUGGGUGAUGACGUGUGCGUAUGCUCCCUCUGGGAACUACGUGGCCUGUGGAGGCCUGGACAACAUCUGCUCCAUCUACAGCCUGAAAACCCGUGAGGGUAACGUGAGAGUCAGCCGCGAACUGCCUGGACAUACAGGUUACCUCUCCUGCUGCCGUUUCAUCGAUGACAAUCAAAUCAUUACCAGCUCAGGCGACACGACCUGUGCAUUGUGGGACAUCGAGACGGGGCAGCAGACGACAGUGUUCUCCGGACACAGCGGGGACGUCAUGAGUCUGUCUCUGGGUCAGGACUUGCGCACCUUCAUCUCUGGAGCGUGCGACGCAUCCAUCAAACUCUGGGACAUCAGGGACAGCAUGUGCAGACAAACUUUCACUGGCCACGAGUCCGACAUCAACGCCGUCUGUUUCUUUCCCAGUGGCAGUGCGUUUGCCACGGGCUCAGACGACGCCACCUGCAGGUUGUUUGACCUACGUGCUGACCAGGAGCUUAGCCUUUAUUCCCAUGACAACAUCAUCUGCGGAAUCACUUCUGUCGCCUUCUCCCGCUCCGGGCGCUUGCUGCUGGCAGGAUACGACGACUUCAACUGCAACAUCUGGGAUGCCAUGAAAGGAGACCGCGCAGGAGUGUUGGCAGGUCAUGACAAUCGCGUGAGCUGUCUUGGGGUGACGGAUGAUGGCAUGGCUGUGUGUACUGGAUCCUGGGACAGCUUCCUUAAGAUCUGGAACUGA